AUGUACUUCUUCCUCCUCAACCUCUCUGUUCUUGACCUUGGCUCCAUCUCCACCACUGUCCCCAAAGCCAUGGCCAACUCCCUCUGGGACACCAGGGCCAUCUCCUACCCAGGAGGUGCUGCACAGGCAUUUCUGUUUCUCUUUUUGAUCUCAGCAGAGUAUUAUCUUCUCACUGUUAUGGCUUACGACCGCUACGUUGCCAUUUGCAAACCCCUGCACUACGGGACCCUCCUGGGCAGCAGAGCUUGUGUCCACAUGGCAGCAGCUGCCUGGGGCAGUGGGUUUCUCUAUGCUGUGCUGCACACUGUCAGUACAUUUUCACUACCGCUCUGCCAAGGCAAUGCUGUGGACCAGUUCUUCUGUGAAAUCCCCCAGAUCCUCAAGCUCUCUUGCUCAGAUGCCUACCUCAGGGAAGUUGGGGUACUUGCAGUUGGUGUCUGUUAUACAUUUGGGUGUUUUGUUUUCAUUGUACUGUCCUAUGGGCAGAUCUUCAGAGCUGUGCUGAGGAUCCCCUCCGAGCAGGGAUGGCACAAAACAUUUUCCAUGUGCCUCCCUCACCUCGCUGUGGUCUCCUUGUUUAUAAGCACUGGCAUUUUUGCCUACCUGAAGCCCCCCUCCAUUUCCUCCCCAUCCCUGGACCUGCUGGUGGCAGUUCUGUACUCGGUGGUGCCUCCAGCCUUGAACUCCCUCAUCUACAGCAUGAGAAACCAGGAGAUCAAUGAUGCCCUGAGACAACUAAUCACUGGAUGCUUUUCAGUAGGAAGAAACUGCCUCUUGUCUUCUGCAUAG